CGACAAAUGUCCAGAGUAAAGGUGGGACGGUCGUUAUUAAGGCAAUGGCAAAUAAAUGAUUAGAAGACAAAAUUAUAUUCAUGUGUCGUGCAUGGCUCAAGAAAAGUGGAUUGAACCAUGAUCUAAAAAGCAUACUGCUGUAUCCUGCUUGAUGUGAUAGAGGCAAAUUGUUAUGGGAAAAGGAAAAGAUAAAAAGAUUAAAGAAUAUCAAAAUAAGGGCCACCAUCAAAGAAAAGCACAUUCAUUUAAAAAACAUGAAGGAACAUAUGAUGGGAAAUUUGAAUUACCAGAGUCUGGUAUAGCAACUUCAAAUGAUGCUGGAGAUGGUAGAGCUUCAAGAUCAAAUAAGCUUGGUUUUCCAUUAGCAAUGUGGGACCUUGCUCAUUGUGAUCCAAAGAGAUGUACAGGUCAAAAACUCAGUCGACUUGGCUACUUAAGAAUUCUCCGAUUAGGUAACAGAUUCAAUGGUAUUGUUUUGAGUCCCCUUGGAAGACAGUAUGUGUCACCUUCUGACAGAGAAAUCGUCAGAGAGCAUGGAGCUGCUGUGAUUGACUGCUCGUGGGCAAAAUUGAAAGAGACUCCCUUUCAUAGAAUGAAAACCGGAUUUGCAAGGCUUCUUCCACAUUUGGUUGCUGCCAACCCUGUGAAUUAUGGAAAACCCGCAAAGUUAUCCUGUGUUGAGGCCUUCGCUGCACUUUUCUAUAUAACAGGAUUCACAAAAGCUGCUGAAAUGAUUUUAGACAAGUUCAAAUGGGGUAAAGGCUUCUAUGAAUUAAACCGAGAAAUUCUUGCGAUCUAUGCAAGGUGCAAGAAUUCGGCUGACGUUGCAGCUGCUGAGAUUGAAUGGGUUGGAAAAUGUCAAGAAAGUAACAGAAAGAUUAAAGAGAUUGAUAUGACUGAAAUUGACAUGGAUAAGGAAUACUUCAACCCAAACAGAGCUGCAAGAGCGACCGAGGAUGAAGAAGACGAUGAGUUGAGCGAUAAUGAUGAUGAGGAAAGUGAAGAUGACAAUGGGAGUGAUUAUGAUGACGAAGAAGAUCACAGCUGCAGUGAAGAAAGCAAGGAAAGUGACAACGAUGAGUCUGUGGAGCACAGUGAAAAGGAUGGUGUAAAUAGCGACCAUGAAGAUGAAAUAAACGAUGUUAGUAAGAAAGAAUUUGUUGGCAAUUUAACUUUAAAUUCUGAAACUUGUAGUAGAGUCAACAAUGUAUCUUCUGAACUGAAUGUAGCCGAGCUUGAGUUGGGCGAAAGGACUUGAUAUCUAUAUUUGAAUUGUUUAUAAAGAAUAAUAAUCAAACAUUAAUGCCAUUGCUACUUUUUCCUUCAAGCCAUUCUUAGUUGUCGGUUAUUCGAACCAACAACUCCCUCUCUAUUGUGUAUGCAUCCCUUUAAAUCGUUAUCUUUGCUUCUGUAUCAUAGAAUUGAUAUUGAUUAAUACAAUAAAAGUUCCUGUAAUUUUUGAAAAGCAUUAUUGUUGUAACGAUGUUUAUGCAUAGCUCUAUGUAUGUUUUGUAAAAGAAUCUGCAUUGAGUAUGAUUUCCAAUAAAGCUU